CUGCCUCUUGUAACGUUUCUCAAAGCCCCUGCGCAUUGAACGCGUUACGGUAAAGAAUUCGUGAAGGGGGAGGGAAGAGGAGGCGAUGGUCGUUGCCUUCCCAUGUCGACGGAUUUGGUCUCCGAAGGCCGGAAUCUCUCGAUCCCCUCUCAGCGUCUCCACCUUCUCCUUCACCUCUUUCACCUUCCGCGAGAUUAGGGGAAGAGGAGGUAGAGAUCGCGGAAUUCCAAGAUCUUCGUUGCAAGACUCCCCUUCGCCUUCCUUGGGCGAGCCUGCCGAAAAGAAGUCCAAUUCCAGGCUCCCCUUUGAUAUCGGUGGAUUGGAUGGGGAUGGCUUCGUCCGAGAGGGGAGCGAGGCCAAGGCCUCGUCGACGGGGGCGGAGAUUUUUGCUCCCCUUAGCCGGAGGCCGAUGUUUAGGCUGAGGUCGAAGUCUUUCCGCCGGCGUCCUUUGUGGAAGCGGAUCUUCUUUGCUUCGAAGAAGGUUAGGAGCAUCAUCUUGCUCAACGUCCUCGCCGUCAUCUACGCCAGCGAUAUUCCUGUUUUGAAAGAAGUUGAAGUGGUUAUGGAGCCUUCGUUGUUUACCAUGGUGCGGUUUGUUCUUUCAGCCAUUCCUUUCCUACCAUUUGUAUUACAGGCGCGUGGGGAUAGCAACAUUCGCUCUGCAGGAAUAGAAUUAGGUCUCUGGGUAAGCUUAGGCUACCUGAGUCAGGCCCUUGGAUUACUCACAUCAGAUGCAGGACGUGCAUCCUUCAUUUCUGCCUUUACAGUAAUUGUUGUGCCUUUAAUUGAUGGCAUGUUUGGUGCAACAGUGCCAGCCUUUAUCUGGUCUGGAGCAUUUGCGUCUCUUGUUGGAGUUGCUAUGCUAGAGUGUGGUGGUUCUCCUCCUUGUAUUGGUGAUGCUUUGAACAUCUUGAGUGCGGUGUUCUUCGGGAUCCAUAUGCUUAGAACUGAACAAAUUUCAAGAAGUACAAAAAAAGAGAAUUUCUUAGAACUUCUCGGCUAUGAGGUCUGUGUCAUGGCUUUGUCAUCAGUGAUGUGGUUUUUGGUUAGAAAUAUCUUUGGCAAUGUGCAUGAUCUGAACUUAGGAUCCUGUGCUUGGUCAAUGUUGUGGGAUUACAUAAUUUCAUUUCCUUGGAUACCAGCAAUAUACACAGGCAUAUUUUCAACUGGUUUAUGCUUAUGGGCAGAGUUGGAUGCCAUGGGUGAUGUUUCAGCAACUGAAGCUGCGAUUAUUUAUGGUUUGGAACCAGUAUGGGGUGCAGCCUUCGCAUGGUUUUUACUUGGUGAAAGGUGGGGUACCACUGGAUGGAUUGGAGCUGCUCUUGUGUUAUGUGGUAGCUUAACAGUCCAGAUCCUUGGAUCAACCACUGGAAAAUCAAGGAAGGUUGAAGAUAGCAGUAAUUCCAAUCACUUGGGAGCCUCAGACAAGCAAAAUAAUUUGUCUUUCUCAGCUGUUCUCAUCAACUCCAGAAAGAACGUAGCAGAUCCUUUCCAGAACAGGCAGGACAAACUAUGAUACAGGAUACUUUAGCUUUAUGGCAAAUCUAAAUUACAGAGGCUUCAAAGUCAGCUGAAGAAUAUAAGCUAGCUACCCUGUGCAUCAAUUUUUCAGCUGAGCAUCUUGAAAGAAGCCUCUGAGCAAGUCAACCUAGUGUCUAUGCAAGUAGAUUUCUCCGCGCUGAAAUCCACAGCAUUUCAAUCUCAAGCAUAAGGGGCAAAGUCUCUCUGCAAGUAAACCUGAUUUAUAUGCAAGAAUGAAAUUGGCAUUCAGUGCGGGCAAAUGAAAGCUGAAACUUUGAGAUACAGUGGAGCAAGAAUGACAUGCUUUAGGCCCGUUUUGGACUAAUCUAACUCUCAGGAAUGCAGGUCUUUUCGAUGAGGAUGCAUAACUUCUUUGGAAGGCUUGGAUCCCUAAGCAGGAGCCUCACUUAUAAAUUCAAUGUAUCUGAGUAUACAACUGGCUGACAAGAUUGGAUAUUUGCUUGAAAGUGAAAUAUUUCAGAUAUACAGGUGUAAGCAACCAUAUCUAUGAGUCAGGUUAAAAAGGGGGAUAUUAAUUUAAAUACAUUUUUGGAAUCUCUUGUUAAUCUGAGAGGUGCAUACUGUAUAGCAUGGUUCUACUCCUUGCUGAAACAAGUUUCUGCUGAAACUUUAUUCCCUGAACCAAAUGAUGUCCGUUAUUUGAGCACAGUGGUUCUUUUGAAGAGAGGCUGCUGACAGGAGGAGCAAGCAACGAGGGCUCGGGAAUGUUCACCUUUCUGCGACGCACGCUUCCCUUUUGAAGAGAUGCACGCCAAGGGGCUCGCCUGGCCGUUCCAACGUCAUGCCAUCAGUCUCCUGAAAUUAUUUUGACAUCAUUUCUUUUUACUUAUAUUUCUCUAAUUAUAGGCAUUAUAAGAUAGUAUUAAUUUCGCUGCCUAACAAAAAUUGAUGCACUCUGUUUUCUGUAAAUCGUUGCCUCCUCGGAAAACAAGUUUUAAAAACCUUUCCUAUA